ACUGCGGCCAAGUAGGUAUUCCGAAACGCGGUUCCCUCGCGCGUCGGCCGUACUUAAUGUUUAUGUUUUCUCGUGCGGUACCUCUUGAUCGGACGUCGCGUGUUGUUUUUAUUUCUUUUUUUUGUUGGACGUGUUCAUUUGCGUACGAUUAGGGGAAAACAAAUGGCAAAAUGAACGAGACGGAUGUGAUCAAGUACCCGGAGGAGGCUACCAUCGUGGCCGCUGUGUGUGCGAUUUUUUUCUGUAUUAUUGGUGUUAUCGGUAACGCGGUCACAGUUUUGGCACUACUAGGUUGCCAAAAACUGCGUACCCACGCGACAACCGCCUUCGUAUUGUCCCUCUGCAUCUCCGAUCUGCUCUUCUGUUCCGUAAAUCUGCCGUUGACGGCAUCCAGGUACAUCCACAAGGAAUGGGUGUUAGGAGACACCCUGUGCAAAAUCUUUCCCGUUUUCUUCUACGGAAAUGUGGCGGUGUCGCUUUUGAAUAUGGUGGCCAUAACACUUAAUAGGUAUAUAUUAAUCUCCUGUCAUCAGUACUAUUCCCGAUUAUAUUCAAGGCUGUCGAUAUGGAUCCAGCUGUUGUCCACAUGGAUAAUUGCAUUUCUGACAAUGUUGCCGCCGCUAUUGGGAGUCUGGGGCAAGUUGGGACUGAAUCCCUCGACGUUUUCGUGCACCAUACUGAAAAAGGACGGGAAGUCGCCGAAGAAGUUCUUCUUCCUCAUCGGGUUCGUCAUCCCCUGCGCCAUCAUCAUCAUCGCCUAUUCCUGCAUCUACUACAGCGUCACCAAGUCGGGAAAGCGAUUGAAGGCCCACCGGCCCAUCCAGGAGAAGCGGAAGAGUAGGAGGGAACGGGACGACAGCCGACUGACGAAGCUGAUGGCCAUCAUCUUCUUGUGCUUCCUGUUUUGUUUCUUACCGUUGAUGCUGGCCAACGUGUUCGACGACAACGAGACGAAGCACCCGUGGAUACACAUUCUGGCGUCCAUCUUCGCCUGGGCUUCCAGCGUCAUCAACCCGUUCAUUUAUGCGGCCAGCAACAGACAGUACCGUUCGGCUUACUCUAAGUUAUUUAGAAUUGUUAAGUCAAGUGUAGCCUUCACUGAUUCCAGAAAUAACAUUUCCAACUCGAAUAGGUCCAGGGCUUUAGAGAAGAAUGUUAGUUCCAAACCGAAUAUCGACCUGUUGUAACCAAAGAUUUGUAUAUUUUAAUGUACAUGACCAAAGCAAAAAGACCUCACUAACGAGAGAGAUUUAACAGAUAUUAAACGUCUUGCUCUUGCCUUCACGUACAUUUGAUAAAUGUACAAUUCGACUGUUUAGUAUUGAUUAAGUUGUAAGGAAUCACACGGCUAUGCUUGCAAAGUAGUUAGCGUUAUUUACAAAUUCGACUAGAUUAGAAUAAUUUCCUUUAGUUUCUUUAAAAAAAAAUUGAGUAUUCAGUUCAAAAAAGGUUCCCACUAGAAUCUAGCCAAUUUGUAAAGCACAAUAUUGCAGUAUCCUUGAUUCGGAUGGUUUAAUGAUCGAAUGGUUCAUCUUCUAUGCCGAUUUAAGACGUGGUUUAGUGUGUGCAAACACACAUCUUUAGACCUUCUUCACCUUCUGCACUUCGUUGUAAAUCGGUCCGGGAUGGUUUAUGCUCUUCUUCUCGGGCGCGUUUCCGUUAGAUUUAGUUGACCGAUUCGCGACCGUUCUGUACAUUCGGGUUUCAAAUCUUAAACCAUUGUUCCUUAUUCGGUUUAUGGAUUAUGAACCGUUAACAAAAUUUUCAGACGGAGUUUAUGUUGCGCUCAUUACAUUCCUAAGAUUGAAACUGACAUCUUUUUAAGACUGAUGUAACUCUGACAAUAAUUGGAACAGUUGUUAUGUUAGUGCCAUACUGCAGUAUUAAAAUACUAGAAGUUACUAGAAAAGUUUAUAAUAUUAGGUUAGUUUAAAUGUGAUACUCAUGUCCAAUGAAUAAAAUAUAUAUUUAUAAUAUAGUAUUUAUUCACAAUGAACAUAUUUUUAUAUUUAUUGACUGAGGUUUGAAUUAGAUUUGUAUAAUAUGAA